CAAGUUUCCUGAGCUCAUUCUUCGCCAAUUAGUAAUUCAGCAUGGCCAUGGCAGAGCCUCCUUGGCGUUUGCCACAAAAGGCAUUGCUGGCUGCUGCCGCCGGCAUUGCAGGUCUCCCGGUGCUGGCGCUCUAUUUUUGGCAUGGAAAUGGCGGACAUAUGGAACUUUCGGGUUCAUCCGAUGCUGUUGAACUUUGGGGUCAGCCUUCAAAACCUCAAGGUGCUGCUUGCGCAGCACAUCCUGGAUGUGCUGGAUUGGCUGGUGAUUGCUGUCCUACUUGGGAUGGCUUAAACCUUGGUUGUUGCUUUUCGUGGCCGAGCCCUGGUCAGCAAGCAAACCACGGAGAUGGACAAGGGCGGCAGCAAUUCCCGGAACCGACGCAUCAGCCACAGAACAGUUGGGCACCUCAAACUCCUCCACCGCCAACCCCAUACAUCCUGCCGCCAGAUUCACAGCCACAAGCCCAAGAUGCGCACAGUCUUAUGCCCGACCUCUUUACGCCCGAGGAGGCCGAGAGCGCGCUGCGCUACGGGACCUUGCGGGAUCCCUUUUCAGAGCUCCUGCGGCCUGAGACAAUGCAGCCAAUCUACUUAUUGCCGGUGAGCAAUGGUUUCAAGCAGCUCUUUACUUUUUUUGUGUUUGGCUUUGAUCUGAAAUUUCAACCGAAGAAGGGUACUGCAAAAUCCAAAGUGGUAAAGUUCAUCAUCAGCAGCUUUGUGAAGAUGGCAAUGAUUGGCUUGGCCAUUAACUCCAUCAUUCACGAUGUCCAGAGGUUUCAGCGGCGGGAAGAUAUCAACGAGACCAACUACAAUGAUCUCCUUACCUUGAUGGCCGUGUGGUGUACCUCCCCCAACUUCGCUGCUGGCUUGGGGCUUUGGGGCCAGCUUCGUAUUCAAAGCCCAGGGGCUGUCUUUAGAGAUGACAUUGAGACCGCUCGCUACCGACACCUGUGCAUACCUUCGCAAUCAUCGUACUAUGAUGUACGAUUCCCGAUUUUCCCAGGUAGAGCGCGUUGGCUUUCUGUGAUGAAGCAGCUUUAUGCGCUCGUGUUGCUGCCGUAUGUGGUGCCGGCAAUGGUCUUGGAGGUGUUGAUGUCGAUUCUGUUUUGUUAUUGGAUCAUCUUCCAGUCGAGACUUUCCUGUCUCUUCAAAUGCCUGCAAGUGCACGUGUUUAUGUUUGGUUGUAUGUUUGUUUGGCUCCUGACCUUCGGACAUUUUGGCGCCAACGGGAUCGGAAAGUACUGGACAAGUUUGUGGCCAUUUGUGUACAUGUACAUGGUCUACAUCUUCGCAUCGUUCAUUGUGCCUGUUGCCAUGGCAUUCACCUAUGGCAUUCUCAGUGGUUCCGCAUUCCAUCAGAUUUGCAAGGGCAUUGGCUGCUGGGAGACGUCUCAGCGGCGCCAGCCAGGGAAGGUCCACAAAGCAGUCGGCUGGUUGCUCAGACUAUGCAACAGAGAUAGCACAACCUUUUGUGGACAAUGCUUCGCCUCACUGGAGAAAGGGUUUACCUUCUUGAUGCCUCAUCGUGAGCUUCAACUUGAAAAAGGUGACCGAGAUUUGCUGUUGCGUUUGGACGAGCAUCGUUUGACACAAGACUUUCAGUUCAGACCCGACACCGAGACAAGCGAACACAUCGCUCGGCUUCGUUCCCAGCUCGCGAAAUUGCGUGCCAGAUGGAAUGGUGACUCUGAUUCCGAUGGUGCGACCGACGACGAAUAUGCAGAAAGUCCACGGAAAUGCUUCGACGUUAUGGUCGGUGACGAAACCUGUGUGGACGGUGAUAUAAAUGUCGAGAGGGACCCGCGAUUGAAGCACGACAUCGAAAGUGGGCAGGAGGAAUACAAUUUAGAGGACGCAGAGGUUCAGGUGGUGAUGCUCACAAUCAAAGCCAUGGCAGAAGUAGCCAUUGUUCAGGCUGUGACUAUUUUUUUGGUGCGUGCCUUUCUGGGAAACAGCUUCUCUGACUUUGUGAAUGCAAUGCACAUCACUAUUCAGGAGACAGCAGCACUAUCAAGAUCACUAAUCGUGAGCUUAAUUUGGCUGGAGUAUCUCCAAGUCUGGCAAGUCCACUUGAAGUUUUGGCUUGAGCAGCUUGCGUUUCAUCAGGAGCGUCAUAUCAAAGACUACAUCAAUCAUGUGAUGAGCCUGGGUGAAGAAAAGCUGGGCUCUGCCUUCAACACUGUGUGGAGCAUUCUCUAAGCGCAUAUCCCAUGCUCUUGGCAAAUGCAUCGUGUCCAGAACCUUCCUUCCAUGGCCCAAGACAGCUGCCUCAAUGGACCCAGCUGGCUCGCAGAACAGAUCAGCCACCAGUCAGUUGUGGCACUGCUUCUUUAGCUUCGCUUCGGCAUUCUACAAAAGAAUGCAAAAGGUAUUUAUCCAAGGGCCAUCGAACAUGCUAAGUUGUGCUGAGGUGAAGAGCCUAAUGCUGUAAUGCACUUUAUUGUUGGAGCGGUAGUGAUGAUAGCGGUGAUGGGGACAUUGGCUGCCA